AAGAAGGUUGAGGUUUGGUUUGUCGCUACGUGCAACAAUGGGGUUAUCUAGUUAUUUGCUGCUUCUAAUGGUUGCUGGGACAGCAUUUCCGCGUGCGAUGGCGGACUGUGCGUGGGACAAGGACACGGAGUUCCCCGCCCCGUACCCGCCUCUGCUCUUCAGUGUGGCCGCUGAGCGCACGGUGCUACCCGUGCUGGACGGUGCCAACAGAGUCGUCAAACUGGCCAAUGGAGAAGAGGUGAUUACAGCGUGUCCGGGCACCACGAUCGAUGCCUUAGGGCUGGAAGCUGCCACAGCCACGUGCACUUCUUCUAACAAGCUUCGCAUCAACGGGCAGGACUGGGACCUGGCAGAGCUUGGCUGCAAGUCGCGACCAAAAGAAAGUCUCCAGAAAAAUUUGGGGCCGUGCGGCUCCGGAGGAGAAAUGCAUCAGAUUGGCUUUGCUAUCCCGGGUUAUGGUUUCUACCCAACGAUCACCGUGUGUUUUGACCCAAUUUUCGAAACCACUCUUUACUCGAACUACAUCGUGCGGGGCGCCAAUAUCGCUGCUCAAGACACCAACCCUGACCGGCCGAGCUUCAAGAGCGACACAGGUUUCUUCACAGUCUCUGCCGACACCUGCUACCAGCAGGACUCCCAGAUCGCCCUCAUGGACGCCAUCCUCGGAGACUCGAGCGUUAUCGACGUGGGUAAGAGUUUUUACUUCGCGCGAGGGCACUUGGCCGCUGAUGCCGACUUUGUGACGGAGCAGGAGCAAGAUGCUACCUACUAUUACAUCAACGCGGUACCGCAGUGGCAGUCUUUCAAUAACGGCAAUUGGAAGUAUUUGGAGUUCAGCGUGCGAGAUAUGGCAGCGGCUCACGGCUCCGACAUCGUCGUGUGGUGCGGAGGCUGGGAUGUCCUCCAGCUCGACGACGUCAAUGGCAACCCUGUUGACAUAUUCCUGGGACUAACUGGGGGUGAAGCUGUCAUUCCAGCGCCUGAUAUUACGUGGAGGGUUGUUUAUGAUCCGUCCUCAAACAAAGCUGCAGCCAUCGUCGGAGUGAACAAUCCUUACCUGACCGCGGCGCCCUCUAUGCUGUGUUCGGGCGGCAGCAUUUGUGACCAGCUAACUUGGCUUCAUGACAUUAAUUACAGCGACUACGAGGCUGGCGCCAUCUACUGCUGCACAGUGCAAAACCUUGCCACUGCCAUUCCUAACGUCCCUGAUUUGGGUUCGGCUGGACUUCUAACCUCAUAAUAUCGAAUCACUUCGAGAAUGAUGGUUCAAUUUCAGCAUAAUCAUAUUUCUCGCUUCUACUGGCUAAUAAUUACAAUUGCUUGAAGUGUGUAAAAUUUUCGUUUCAAAUGUAUAUUGAAUUUGGAAGCCUAAGCCAUGAGAGUUGGCAACGGCAUUGAUUUUAAACUUAAUGGAGAUAGUGGAAAUAUCCCCAUCUAAGUCUGGUUAAAAUGUCAAGGAAAAUGCGUGAAGUUUUCUUAUUUUAUAAAAAUGUUCACAAAUAAAAAUAUUUUACUUCUCAAUUUCAUCAGUGCAGCAUUUCCAAGGGUGCACCACUAAUUUGAACUUCUUUACCUGAUGCAUUUUGGAGCGCAGAUCAAGUUCCAAAGCAUCGCAAAUACUUAAAUUUACGAAGAAAAUUGAACUGCCUACCCAUUAAAUUGAAUUUACUUCAA